GGCUCCAGGUGGGGGAGAGCUGCUUGUCCCCAUGACUGCAUUUUAUUGUUGAGUGUAGCAGGGAAGCAGCUAACUGAAAACUUCUGUACUGCAUUCAGAUUACUGGAAUUUCUAUAUAGAAGCCACAGUGUAGGUAGAGCUACCGACAAUCGAAUCAAAGGACAACCGGCCCGGUUCGUUCAUAUUGUAGCGCCGAUUCCUUCUGCUACCACCAUGGAUGAUUUAGAUGCAUUGCUGGCGGACUUGGAGUCGACGACCUCCCACAUCUCCAAGCGGCCAGUGUUUCUGCCAGACGAGACACCCUACUCUUUACCUACGGGAGGACAGGCCCCUCCCCCUGUACCACCACCUCCCUCUGCUGAGGCCCUGAAUGGAACCUUGCUUGACCCCCUAGAUUCAACCCCCUUUUCCACACCGUCCUACAGCCCUGCACAGAAAAGCUUGUGGUCCAGGGAUAGCAGUAGCCCCCCCUUACCCCAAAGCGAAGAGGACCACGUCUACAGCUUCCCCAACAAGCAGAAGAGUACGGAGGCUGCCAUGAGCUCCUCCCUGGGCUGCAACCUGUCGGAGCUGGACCGGCUGCUUCUGGAGCUCAAUGCUGUACAGCACAACACACCCUCCUUCCCCACUGAGGAAGAGUCAGCUCCGCCCCUGCCUUCCAGCAGCACCACCCAUUAUGUGCAAGCGAACGGGGUUUCUGGGGCAGGCAAGUUGCCUCGCCCCACCAUGGAGAAGCCAAAACGCAGCGGGGCCACCAGGCCACCAGUCAUCGAAGACGUGCGCCUCAGCGCCAAGAGCCUCGUUAACGAGCAAGAAAGUUCUGUGCCCUCUCCCAUCCCCACCCCAUUGGUGGUAGAGAAGUUGGGGGAGGAGGAGACGCCCUCCCAGCUGCAGGCCAGAAUCUCAGCCUCCUCUGCCACGCGGGAGCUUGACGAGCUCAUGGCCUCGCUGUCCGACUUCAAAGUCCAGAGCAACAUCCUGGCCCAGGGGAAGAGCUCACCCACUGCUCCCCCCAAACAGUCUAACAAGCUGGACAACAUGCUGGGCAGCCUCCAGUCAGACCUCCAUAAACUGGGCGUCCAGACUGUGGCCAAGGGAGUGUGUGGGGCCUGCAACAAGCCCAUUGUUGGACAGGUGGUGACUGCCAUGGGGCGCACAUGGCACCCAGAGCACUUUGUGUGUACCCACUGUCAGGAGGAGAUCGGCUCCAGGAACUUCUUUGAGCGGGACGGAGCACCUUACUGUGAGAAGGACUACCACAACCUGUUCUCCCCACGCUGCCACUACUGUAACGGACCUAUCCUGGACAAAGUGGUGACUGCACUGGACAGGAACUGGCAUCCGGAACACUUUUUCUGUGCUCAGUGUGGAGCUUUCUUUGGCCCAGAGGGCUUCCAUGAGAAGGAUGGGAAGGCAUAUUGUCGGAAGGACUACUUUGACAUGUUUGCGCCCAAGUGUGGAGGCUGUACCCGCGCCAUCCUGGAGAACUACAUAUCAGCCCUCAACUCUCUCUGGCACCCCGAGUGUUUUGUCUGCAGGGAGUGCUUCACCCCCUUUGUAAAUGGGAGCUUCUUUGAGCACGACGGCCAGCCCUACUGCGAGGGCCACUACCAUGAGCGCCGCGGGUCCCUCUGCUCGGGGUGCCAAAAGCCCAUCACAGGCCGCUGCAUCACAGCAAUGGCCAAGAAGUUCCACCCUGAGCACUUUGUCUGUGCCUUCUGCCUCAAGCAGCUCAACAAGGGCACCUUCAAAGAGCAGAAUGACAAGCCCUACUGCCAGGGCUGCUUCAUCAAGCUCUUCAGCUAGGAAGCUAGCCUCCCCCAGCCUGUUUAUGUGUGUGUGUGUGUGUACGCGCUUGUGCGUGUGUGCAGCUGUGUGCGCGUUCUGUGUUCCAAAUCUCUGCUGUUCUGCCCUAAGUGUGCACUUGCUCACUUCUCUUCAUGAAUUUAAAAGGAACUGACAGGUGAGAAAUAUGGUGGAAACUCCAGCCCAGUCCUAUACCAAUCCAAUGCUUUUUAAAUGUGUGGGAAGGAGUGCGCAGGUGCACGCUCCAGAGAAAAAGAAGAGAAUCGGGCCACCGUGUGAGUGUUUUUCAAAAGGUGUAGACUGGGAUUAGAAGGCCGUCAGUGGCUAUGAGGAAGCAGAGUUGUUCCUUACUGUGCAUGUAGCUGAGAUAAGCCUGGCCAUUAAACACCACAGCUCUCCCUACAGGUGCCUAUUUGGAGGAGUUGGAGUGAUCAUUCCAAAAUAUAUUUUUGUAGUUGCAAAACACUGUCUGUGCAAUUGCAAAUACAUGCCUAUAAACUGUCUCUUGAUCUAAAACACACACAAGACAGAUUUUUAACUCGAGAAGAGGAAAAGCUUUCUGGUCUCUCCCUCCUUCCUUUCUCUUCACUGCUCUAAGACCAGUUUAAACACUUGGUGCUCAUUCUCAACUCAAUCAUAGAUCCCUCUCUGCAACCCUCAUGGGGACAUUUUACAGCCUGGUAUGGCCAAGAUAUCAGUGUCCUAUUUUUGUACACUUUUCCUAUGGAAACUUUCAUAUACUUACGAGGAAUGAUCAGCAACAGAUUACAUUUUUUGUUUACCUGAAGUGUGUUUGUACAAAAUAAGACUCAUUGUUUUAAGAGGCGCACCCACACUCAAGACUACUGCUCUUUUUGUGCUAUGGACUCUCACUUUCUAAUUUCAGUACUUCAGUCUUUGCUUCACUGAUUCUCAUAUCAAUUCUCAUUCAUGUGAAUCUGAUUUCAAAAGGACGUACAUUUGAAUAUUGUCUUACCCUUUAGGUGGACAGAGGGUGGGGGUCUUGGUCAUUUUGGGUACCGUACCUCUUUUUAUUUUGGAGGAACUAUGCUCAUCCCUCACUUUCCAUUAGCUUUAGGUAGGGAGGCAUCUCAUAGCUUGGCAACCAAACUGAGCACAGUGUUCUUCAGUCUGGGGUAACCAGGCUAGAUUUUAUUUCUAUGAGGAAAAUACUGGAGCAUGUUUAUUUGAAACAGAACAUGUUAAUUGUGUGCAUUUUACCUUUUUUUUUUACACACAUUUAGCCAAGUUUUAAAAUUAAUUCAUUCCGAGUGAAGGGGGAGUACAUUUCUUGGUGCAAUGUUUUGCUGUAAAUUUAGCUACUGACAAUGUGUGUUUUCCCUCAGUUACUUAAAUACAAAGUAAUACAGAUAGGCUUGGUCAUUUUAAUGUAUUUGCUGCCAAUUGCUAAUACAAUCACAACAUUCUAGCAAAAUUUGGUUUAGUGACAUGGUGUAGUGUUGUCACUCAUUAGCUCACACUGAUAUGCAAAGAGACAGCUCUAUGGGUGUGUGUGUGUGUGUGUGUGUGUAUAUAUUAGUUGAAGUUUACAUACACAAGUCCUGACAUUUAAUCCGAGUAAAUAUUCCUUGUCUUAGGUCAAUUAGGAUCACCACUUUAUUUUUAAGAAUGUGAAAUGUCAGAAUGAUAUCAGAGAGAAUAAUUUAUUUCAGCUUUUAUUUAUUUCAUCACAUUCUCAGUGGGUCAGAAGUUUACAUUCUAAUUGAGUGUACUUGGCAGCAUUGCCUUUAAAUUGUUUAACUUGGGUCAAAAGUUUCGGGUAGCCUUCCUCAAGCUUCCCACAAUAAGUUGGGUAAAUUUUGGCCAUUCCUCCUGACAGAGCUGGUGUAUCUGAGUCAGGCUUGUAGGCCUCCUUUGCUCGCUCACACUUUUUCAAUUCUGACCACAAAUGUUUUUUUGGGAUUGAGGUUAGGGCUUUGUGAUGACCACUCCAAUACCUUGACUUUGUUGUCCUUAAGCCUUUUUGCCAAAACUUUGGAAGUAUGCUUGGGGUCAUUGUCCAUUUGGAAGAUCCAUUUGCGACCAAGCUUUAACUUCCUGACUGAUUUCUUGAGAUUUCUUCAAUAUAUCCACACAAUUUUCCUGUCUCCAUGAUGCCAUCUAUUUUGUGAAGUGCACCAGUCCCUCCUGCAGCAAAGCACCCCCACAACAUGAUGCUGCCACCCCAGUGCUUCACGGUUGGGAUGGUGUUCUUCAGCUUGCAAGCCGCCCCCUAUUUCCUCCAAACAUAACAAUGGUCAUUAUGGCCAAACGGGUCUAUUUUUGUUUCAUCAGACCAGAGGACAUUUCUCCAAAAAGUACGAUCUUUGUCCCCAUAUGCAGUUGCAAACUGUAGUCUGGCUUUUUUAUGGCGGUUUUGGAGCAGUGGCUUCUUCCUUGCUGAGCGGCCUUUCAGGUUAUAACGAAAUAGGAGUCGUUUUACUGUGGAAAUAGAUCAUUUUGUACCUGUUUUCUCCAGCAUCUUCAUAGGGUCCUUUGCUGUUGUUCUGGGAUUGAUUUGCACUUUUCGCAGCAAAGUACGUUCAUCUCUAGGAGACAGAACGCGUCUCCUUCCUGAGUGGUAUGACGGUUGCGUGGUCCCAUGGUGUUUAUACAUGUGUACUAUUGUUUGUACAGAUGAACGUGGUACCUUCAGGCAUUUGGAAAUUGCUCCCAAGGAUGAACCAGACUUGUCGACAUCUACAACAAACAAAAAAAUCUGAGGUCUUGGCUGAUAUCUUUUGAUUUUUGCAUGAUGUCAAGCAAAGAGGCACUGAGUUUGAAGGUAGGCCAUGAUAUAAUUUUCUGGAAUUUUCCAAGUUGUUUAAAGGCACAGUCAACUCGGUGUAUGUAAACUUCUGACCCACUGGAAUUGUGAUACAUUGACUUUUAAGUGAAAUGAUCUGUUGUUGGAAAACAGUUGUUGGAAAAAUUACUUGUCAUGCACAAAGUAGAUGUCCUAACCGACUUGCCAAAACUAUAGUUAACAAGAUAUUUGUGGAGAGGUUGAAAAAUGAUUUUUAAUGACUUCAAACUAAGUGGAUGUAAACUACCGACUUCAACUGUAUAUACAUACACACACACACUCAGUUGGGUUUCAGGCAACAGGGCAAUAUCUUAUGGCCCGGAGAGGCAUGCCAUCCCCAAAACCUUUUGCGAACAACCCUGGAUUCCUGUGAUGUCCUCAGUCACAUGGUAGUCUGGACACAUUAUUCUGGAGUCAGUACCUGGUCUGAUUACCAAAUGGCACCCUAUUCCCUAUAUUCAGAAAGGAUGUUUGUAGGGAAAAAAUAUCUUAUAACAUCUUGUUUUCUUGAUGACAUUCAAUUCAGCAUUGAAAAAAGACAUUUAAGCUAGUUUCACCUGAGUCUGAGACCACUAUGAUGACGCACCAGAUGCAUUUGAUUGAUCUUGGAUAAGAGCGUCUGCUAAAUGACUUAAAUGUAAAUGUAAAUCUUUUUUUCUCUUAUUCUAAUGCCUCUUAAAGGUCCAGUGCAGUCAAUUGUGAUUUUCUUUUUUUAAUAUAUAUUUUUCCACACUGAGGUUGGAAUAAAACUGUGUCUUUUUAGGGUAAGAGCUGUUUGAAAAAACAGAUGGUAAAUGAGUUAAUAGACCAAUAAGAGUUCCAAACAUCACUUUCCCCUCCCAAACAGUCCUUCUAAAAUGCUUGCUUGACAAAUUGCUCUUUGCUAAGAAGAAAUGUUGGUUUAUUUUUGACCAUUUAAUUGAAAACAGCUGCGUUGGACAUUUAAGGGGAAAGUAAUUCUAAUCAGAUUACGUUUACGGAGUUUGGGUAAUCCAAAAUGUACAUUACUGAUUUGAAUUUUGGACAGGUAACUUAAGUAUCUUAAUGGAUUACAUUUAAAAAGUAACCUACCCAACCAGUCAAUAAUGGCACCUAGAUAUCUUUGUAACCUGAUUUCAAAUAACUGCAAUGGAGCAGGUUUGAGCGCUUGUUUUUGUUGGUAAUUGAUAUACUGAUUUGUUUUCAAGUGACCUAGUAGUGUUUCAUAUUUGCGUCAUUGAAGAAGAGAUUUUAUCUUUACACAUAUUGCUUAUAUUGUUAUGCUAAAUCAUUUUUAAGGGUAUAUACACAUAUAUUUCAUUUUCAUUUCUGAACCCUUUGAAAGAAUGAAGAUAUUUGUGCUAAUGCCACAUUUUUUUAUGCAAUUUCUUUAACACUGCGUUACAGUGAGCUCAAAGCAUUGAGACAAUGACACAUUUGUUGUUUUAGCUCUGUAUUUCAGCUCUUUGCUACAAUGACUGGGGUUAAAUUGACUUGUGUAUUAAAGAAGUCAAGUUUUAGAUUUGGUCCCAUUCUCCUAGCACGCAAUAAUAUGUAUGUCAUGUGAGUCACUUUAAUUGUAAAUAAGAAUAGAAUGUUUCUAAACACUUCUACAUUCGUUUUUCCCAAUUGCUAAAACACAUUUUUGCAAACUAGGCUGGUUUUAUCAAAAUACUUAACACAAUUCACGCAACCAAAAUCAAACACACUUCGUUCAUAUUACCAGAUUUUUGCCUAACCAACUACACACUCUUGGGCAUAAUGAAAAGCACUCAUCUUUAGUUUGCUUUUGCCAUAAUACUAUAAUAGUUCAAAUUGUAGAAAAUUCUUCAGAUACACACAUGCUGUUGAAACAUUUUAUUUUUUACCAAACAAGUCAGUGCAACAUAUGCACAGCAGAUAUAUUUACUUUGGACUGAACAAAAAUAUGCUCACAAAAAAAACAGUAAACUGAAAAAGAAAAUUGCAGAAAAAAUAUAUAGAAAAAAAGAGGCAAGAAAAAUAAUUAGGCAGCAUCUUGCCGCACAGCUGGGUCUGGCCACAACGCCUCAUCCACAUCACAGGCAAUAUCCUCCCUUGCCAGACAUCGAGGGAAGAAGCGCCUAGAGUGCCUUAUCCAUCCCUGAAUCGCACCCACAUCAAUCUCAUCACAUGCCUCUUCCAUAGCCUGCACAGUCCUUUAGAAAAACAAAACAAAAAUAUAGGGCUUGGACAAUGCAGCCUAAAGAUAUUUCCCCCACAGUAGAGUAAAUUCAACAAGACAUUUGUGCAGUUAGUGUAUGACAUCAGCCAUUCAUGAAGUAAACAGGUGUCACCCAAGUGAUACACUAUGACAUUGGGUGUACUACAUAGUGUGAAAGAAAUGUUACAUACCUGUACUCCAGUCUAAAUGUCCGGAUGACACAGGCGGCAAUAAAAUGGCUCAAGUUGGGCUGCACUCUCUGUCCAGCCUCUCGCAUUGGCAACCCAUGGUUGAUGACAUGAUCAACUAAGGUUGCUCUGAUUUCAUUUGAAAGUUGUCGUCUUUGGCCAUGAACUCCUCAACCCCUAUGUGCAGUGCAGAGAACUGUGUGCAGUGCAUUUAAAAAAUGCUAUUUUGAAUUGCAAAAUGUCUGUAAAGCAGAAAAUGUGUUUAGACUUUUGAAGACUUGAGAAGAGGUUUUGCUCUGUGUCAGUUUAAAUAUUUGUGCUGUGCAUGUCAUUUUAGUGUGUUAGCAAUUGGAAAAAACUCAUGUGGAUGCUACCAUGAUUAUGGAUAAUCCUGAAUGAAUUGUGAAUAAUGAGUGAGGAAGUUAGAGGCAUGAAUAUCAUAACCCCAAAAAAAUUCUGACCUCCCCUGUUAUUGUAAUGUUGUAUGUCUAACUUUCUCACUCAUCAUUUGCGAUUCAUUCAGGAUUAAAUGUAAUCAUGGUAGCAUCCACAUUAAUGUAGAAGUGUUUAGAAACAUUAUAUUCUUAUUUACAAUAAAAGUGACUCUAAAAUGACACUACAUUUUGUGCCCAAAAGAAAUGUAUGGUAAAUAAUCUGAAACACAACCAAAAGAAUCAGCAAAUGCAUCCAACAAAGUUGUAGUCACACAUGCUUGAUAUAAUCAUUGGAUGCUAGGAAACCCUCAAAUGAAAGCUGACAGUCUGCACUUUAGCCUCUGUCAUUGUAUCAAUUCAAAUUUAAAGAGAUGGAGUACAGAGCCAAAACAACAAUGUGUCACUGUCCCAAUACUUUUGGAGCUCACUGUAUAUGGUGGACUUCCAAGUCCUUGCUGCGAUCGGAUUGGUGAAGCCGUUAUGAUGAAGCAGAACAACAAUUGCUGCACCAGCCAGUGUCCUGGAUUGCACCUCAAACAAUUAGUGGCUUCCUCUUAUCUCAUUUCCUCCAUAUGCACUGAUGUGAAAGUACUGGACAGGUGAAAACAAACACCUGGAAUACAACCUUAAUAUUGUUGUCACUCAGCCAAUAGCUUACAAUGAAGUGUAAAUGAAGAAGAGACAAAUAGGGAAGCCAUUUUAGACUUCAGAUGCACCUCUGGGUUUUUGGGGGGGGGGGGGGGUCAGCAAAAGAGGGGAAAACAAUGAGGGUUGUCUCACAGCACAGUAUAGUCUGCAGUUGCUGUAAAAUUACUACAUGUUGCUAUUGGGUGACGCUUUGGGUCUGCCCUCAGGCUGGGAUGCAAUUUCUGAUGUGUUUGGAAAGGUUUGGUUUCUUUAACCCUCUGAAGACAUGGGGUUUUUAAGCACUUUUUAAGUCUUGCUGUGCCAUUAGUAUCCUUGAGUAUCUCUAGUAGUGCAACUGGGUUGACAUGAACAUGAUGAAUCCACAUUUCACGUAGCCUGGUUAUUGAGGAAAUGCUGCUAAUGAAAUAUUCUAAAUGUUGAAAUGUAUAGACUGAGGUGUAACACAAGUAGGGUCAAUAGUACUUCGUUUUGACUCUACUUUAAGUCAGGCUCUCUUUCUAUGACAGUAAAUCCUAAAUUGUUCAGUGAAUGAUCAAGUUAGUGUGCAAAAUAAUGUAUCAAGUGCUGUGAAAUAUUACUCUGGUAGCCUUUUAUAGACGUGCUUUGGAGACACAGACAAUGAUAACCGGUGUAAGUGCUGCCAGAGUGCCUGAAUCUAGUCUUGGACAGUUACACUUCAACAUUGAACGAGUUCCUCAAAUUAUUGGAAAGAGUAGAUUUCUUGAGAGUAGCUAUGGCCUCAGGUUUAGGCACCAGCCCAAAUGUUGGAAUGGAACUGGGCCCCUUUAAAAAGAGGCUUGAAUGCAUGUUUGCUUUGAUGUUUCUCUAGGCCCUUCAAAGUACUAUUUUCACCCUGUGUAAGUUAUCAGUGAUUAUAAUUGUUUUCUUUUAUCUACAUUUAUUUGUGCUUUUAGCCUACAUUUAUUUGCUUAAGUUCUUUGCUCUCUGAAGUCUCGGAAAUUCCAGACCUAUGUGGGGGGCAACCUGUCUGAUUGGGGAGUCUACUCUCUGCCUUUUAUUGGAAAGUCAGCCUUUUUACUUUAAUCAUUUGAUCCCCUUAGUUCCCUUCAGAUAAAUUAUCCCCCCACCCAUACUGUGUAAUUGUUUUUUUUACAUUCCCUCUCACCUGUUUUAUUUCCCCAUGUACCGUCGUCGUGUUUUCUGGGAUGGCUAUAUGGUACCUGAUUGCUGAUACAUUUUAAUUAAAUGUGAUGGAUGCCAAUAAAUACAUUUUUAUUUCGGA